AUGAACAGCAGCAGUGAUUCCUAUACUCUGGAAAAUUGCAGAUGGCUGUCACCAGAAACACUGAAGAACGGCGUUUACAGCACGAAAACCGAUGUUUAUAGUUUCUCGAUUAUGGUAUGGGAAAUAUUCUCGUUUGGACAACUGCCGUUCUACAAGUACAACAACAAGGUAUUAAGGACGAUGAUCAUUGAAAAGAAGGCUGUAUUGCCAAAGUGCUUGUCAGAGAUCCCGCCAGAUAUGAACGCUUUGCGGUUGAGAUGCAUGGAUCCGGAUCCAGACAAACGACCAGAUUUCUUCGAAAUAGAGGAUAUUAUCUCCAAGAUGGAUACCGUAGUGAAACCACAACCGCCAUCAUUUCUCAGUAAAAUGGUUACAGGCAUAAGAGAGGACCGUCGCAAUUAUUCUGCUUAUGAGAUCAGUCGCAACGAAAUCUCCAAGAAAACAUCUUCUACGACAUAA